AUGAAAAUGAAGCUAGCGGGUGUGUGGAGGCUUGAUGGGGACUUUGAGCUCCUGGAUGUGGGAAAUGGAUUCUUCAUGGUAAAGUUCGACAUAAAGGAGGAUAGAGAUAAAGUGAUUGGAGGGGGGCCUUGGAGGAUUUUUGAUCACUACAUAGCGGUCUCGAUGUGGAAUCAUGCGUUCGUAUCACCAGCUGCAAAGGUAGAUAGAACCCUAGCAUGGAUUCGGAUACCAGGCCUAAACGUUGCAUUCUAUGAUGAAAGCUUCCUCAUGUUAGUCACCCAAGUGAUAGGUACACCAAUCAGGGUGGACAUCAAUACCUUACAAGGGGACCGAGGCCGUUUUGCAAGAAUAUGUGUGGAGCUAGAUUUGACCAAGCCAAUCUUUGGUAAGAUCAUGAUUGAAGACUUUUGGUAUAACAUCGAGUACGAAGGCCUGCACAUCAUCUGUACUAAGUGUGGAUGCUAUGGGCAUAGGAGUAGAGAGUGCAUCAAGCCAGCAAGUGUGGUACUGAAAUCCCAACUUAAAGAAGGUGGGGGUGGGGAAUCUACUAUGGCAUCGCCGGAGAAUUUGGCGUCCGCGACGGAAAGUACCCCACCUGAGAGCUCAUCACCAGAUCCACCGACGGAAGGGUCGCCGAUGCAAAGUGGUAACGAGGAUAUGGAAAUGGAAACUGCGACAAACCUGGAAACCAACGAGAUUGGUGGAGCGGUUACGGAAUCAGAACCUAGGGUAGUUAAUGCUAAUUUGAAAAUCCCCCUAAAAGCGAUGCCACCUGUCCAGAUUCCAGAAGAAGUAUUUAGGGAUUGGAUGACGGUUUCCAAACGGAAAUCAAGAGUUGGGAAUCCGGGAGGAAAGAGAACAGGAGAAACUCAAACGGUCGUUGUCAAGGGAAAAGCGUGCAAAGGCUUAAAUGCCAAUGAUGGGGUAAUGAAAACAAAGAAGAAACUUGUUGACAAAGUUGCGGGGGGGGGGGGCAACCGUAACUAA